GAGGAGCGGAGAGAUCGGCGGCCACGGAAGAGGGAGCUCGCAGGGUGAGGGGCCUGGAAGCGAAGAGAGCCGAGGGGCGGCCGUGCGGUCCUGCAUGGUCUCUCUGCGGGACGUACUGGGAGGCCCGCGCGAGCGAGUUUAAAGUGGCUUGUCUGAAUACGACUUCCCUCCAAAAAAGAAAAGGAAAAAAAAAAUGUCUUCACUGACGGGUAAAGUCCAGACUGUUUUGGGUCUCAUAGAACCUACCCAGCUUGGCUACACAAUGACCCAUGAACACUUGACAAUGACCUUCAAUUGCUCUUACUACCCACCUGCUUCAGGCCAAGAAGCACUCUCUGAAAUACCUAUUGCAAUGGAGAAUUUAUUUUGGCUUAAACAGAAUCCCUAUAGUCACAAAGAGAAUCUUCUUCUAUGUCAAGAGGUAAAUGCUGUGAAGGAAGAGCUCCUGCAAUAUAAGGCUCUAGGUGGUGGGACCAUUGUGGAAAAUACAACUACUGGGAUCCAGCGAGAUGUGAAGACCCUGAAGCAGCUUGCAGAGGAAACUGGUGUCCAUAUUAUUGCUGGAGCUGGUUUUUAUGUAGAUGCCACACAUUCUCCUGAGAUACGAGCCAUGUCUGUAGAGCAGCUGACAGAAAUUAUUGUUAAUGAAGUUCUUAAUGGAGCUGAUGGCACCAACAUCAAGUGUGGCGUAAUAGGAGAAAUUGGCUGCUCUUGGCCUCUGACAGAGAGUGAAAACAAAGUACUUCAAGCAACAGCGCAUGCCCAGUCCCAGCUUGGUUGCCCUGUCAUAAUCCAUCCUGGCAGAAAUAGUGAUUCCCCUUUCCAGAUCCUUCGAAUUUUGCAGGAAGCUGGGGCUGAUAUCUCAAAAACUGUCAUGUCUCACAUUGACAGGACUAUAUUUGAUAAGACGAAGCUGUUGGAGUUUGCUCAGCUGGGAUGCUACUUAGAAUAUGACCUUUUUGGAACAGAAUUUAUUUUCUACCACAUGAAUCCUGAUAUUGACAUGCCGAGUGACAAUGAAAGAAUUUUAAGGGUUCGGAUGCUGAUUGAUGAAGGUUAUGAAGACAAAAUUUUAAUUGCUCAUGACAUACACACAAAGAAUAGAUUAAAGAAAUAUGGGGGUCAUGGGUAUUCUCAUAUACUUGAAAACAUAGUCCCCAAAAUGAUUGCUAGAGGCAUAUCUCAGAAGAAAAUUGAUAAAUUGUUGAUAGCAAAUCCCAAGCAGUGGCUGACUUUUAAAUAGAAAUAUGUAAGUACUGCUGUGAUCAGAUUUACAUCAAUGAAAAUUUAAAUUUGAAACUUAAUUUUUAUCUCAAUUAAAAAUACUACUUUUAAAUAGGAUUGUAAAGAAUGGAUUGACAAACAUCCAUGUAAUUAAAGCAAUUGGAGAGCCUCCAAUAACACAUUGGCCAGAUUGAAUGCUAGUGUGAACAGUUAGAUUGCACUAAAAUUCAGUGGGUAAAAUCAUACAGAAUAAGGUGUGUUUCUGUUGAUUUCAAUAGGUUUAAACUGCCAUUCCUCCACAUCAAAUAUUGGCCAUUAGACUUAAAAGUACCAUUCUGUGCAAAUCUACUUAGAAGGCUUUUUGUGAUAUAUAAGUACUCCCAAGUAAGUGUGUAUUGUAUUGCAGCCUAAGUGAACCAAAGUGCAGUUUCUCCUGAUCAUGGCUUUUUAAGGUCAAAAAGUUCCUUUUAUUUUAUAAUCAACAAAGGAGUUAGAUUGUUAGCUUUUAUUGGAAAUGCUGUUAUCACAAAUUAUUGUGAAGAGACAAUACCAAAAGUCAAAAUAUAUAUUAUUUAAUGAGCUGAUGUAAUAAAGCCCAUAAUUUACAAA